CCUAAAGCUUCUGUAGCUGUAUUUUUUGGACUUCUUCACGAUUGCAGAAUUUUUCUUUUUUAUUGAACUUUGACCGCUUCUAAUAGCAGUGCAGACUAUUUAUGUCUUUCUUCUUGUUCCCUUAAUCCUUGCGUACGUUUGCAAAGCUACUGAUUUCUAACUCUUAAUUUAAUGCAGAGGUGACUUACAUACUAGAAAAAUUUUUACCAUGUAAACAAUAGUGCUCCUAUUUCUUAUAAGAAAAUGUGUAGCAUUUGCAAUGAUUAGGCAAAUUUAACAUACUUUUUUUAUUUUAAGAGUUUUCAAAGCUUAGUUCAAUUAAAAGAUCAACAGUUGCAAUGUAAUAAAAUAUUUUGAAGCAGUGGACCAGUUACAUGUAAUCUUGGAUUUUUGUUACCAGUAUUUGGGUGCAAGAAUCUUCUAAAUCUGCCAAAGUGUACUGGAACAAUGGCUGUUCGAAAAGCAGGGGAACUGACAAGUGUUCUGCCUAAGUUUGUUCACCUUAAUGAUUUGGCUUGUGAAUCAUCUGGAGGAAAGGUUAUAUUUGCAACAGAUGACUGGUUUGCUCCUGCAGAAAAUCUCUUAAAGAGAACUGCACCACAGUUUAUAGUAGAUGCAUUCACUGAAUUUGGCAAAUGGAUGGACGGAUGGGAAACAAGGAGGAAGAGGUCAGCAGGUCAUGACUGGUGUAUUAUCCAGCUUGGAGUACCAGGAAUUAUACAUGGCUUUGAUAUUGACACAUCUUACUUCACCGGCAACUACGCUCCUAGAAUCUCAGUCCAAGCAGCAUGUUUGAAUCAAGAAAAAGUUAGAAAUGUACUGCCCAGAGGUGAACGAAUGGGAACUGCUGCUUCAGAUGAAGAAAUGGAAGCCAUUGAAAAGCUCAUGUCUGAUUCCUGGAUUGAACUGGUUCCUAUGAGCAAGCUGCAGCCUGGUUAUACUGACACCUGUCAUAAUUAUUUUCCUGUGACUGCUCAGAGAAGGUGGACUCACAUUCGACUUAAUCUGUAUCCAGAUGGUGGCAUUGCUAGAAUGAAGGUUUAUGGUGUUGGAAAAAAAGACUGGUCAUCAUUAUCUCUAAAUGAACUGGUGGACCUAGCUUCCAUGCAGAAUGGGGGUGUAUGUGUAGGAUACAGUGAUGCUCACUUCGGACAGCCUCAAAACCUAAUAGGAAUAGGUCGAGCAAAGAAUAUGGGUGAUGGAUGGGAAACAGCCAGGAGACUUGACAGACCGCCAGUCUUAAAGGUCAAUGAUAAAGGCAUUUUGGAUGUACCUGGCUAUGAAUGGUCUAUUUUCAGAUUGGGGCAUUCUGGUGUAAUAGUUCAUGUAGAAGUUGAUACAAAUCAUUUUAAAGGGAAUGCUCCAGCAUUUUGCAAAAUUGAUGCUACAUACUUGACUCCAGAAGAAGAGGUUAUUCAGAAGAACUGGACAAAAAAUCUACAUGUGGCAUGGAAAACAAUACUUCCAGAUACCAAGCUGAAGCCACACAAAAGGCAUUUCUUUGAUUACAGCUUGAUAGAAUCACAUGAAAUAUUCACUCAUGUGCGACUCAUUAUUGCCCCAGAUGGAGGUGUAAGCAGAAUGCGACUUUGGGGAUUCCCAAGAAAUGUAGUACUGAAAACUGAAUCAACAGCAGACUUCAAAAAUACAGACUGAUUCUUGUCUUCUUUCAUUUGGGCAUUUUUUUACUCUUUAAAACAGAUCUACCAUUAAUUACUUAUAGAAAUAAAUUAAAAUGCAUCAGCAA